UCACGUUGACUUUAGAACGCAGUGAUUGACUUUUAUUGUUCACUUUCAUCACGUUGUUGUUCGGUUUUGGUUCAGUUUUAUAAAUAUCGUAGAACUUCUAUAAUUAUGUCCCUUGUACUUACGAAAGCUGCUUUAGCACUCAAAAACGCAGAGAACAAUUUUCAAUUUGUCAAAUUCGAAGCGCAUAAACCAAAAAAGAAGCAAGUAGAAGCAGACAAGAAGUUGAAAGUUAGCCAAAAAGAAUUGAAUCAAAAGAAAGACCUAGAUCUUAAGAAAAUCAGACAUGAAGUAGUGAAAUUUGGUAUGUCAGGGUUCGACCCAUCGAAGAAAGAAGAAGCUAGGAUUGCACUAGCGGUUAGUUUAGGAGCCAAACCACCUAAGAAGGAAUAUCUCAACUACAAGGAACUGAUGCAGAAGAGGAAACAGGAGAAACAGAAGGAGCAAGAAGAGAAGCAGAUUAUGAGAUCAAAGAGCAUGAUGCAGAGCGGUGGAAAGAAGAAGAAAAAGACUGGAAAUGAUAUUGGGCACUUGUUAGACACAUACGGGAAGGUACAGAAAAAGGACUUGAAGAAAAAAGAUGGACCAAGUACUAAAAAGAAGCGCAAGAAGUGAUUCUUUACUUUUUAGUAACUGUGUACGAAUUACUUUCUGAUAGAUACAGUUAUGUGGUAUUUUCUAUUUUGCCUUUAUGCUUUUUCUGCAAAAGACAAAUUAAAUGUUUAAGAAGUAUGA